ACACACACACACAUGCACACACAUCCCCACUCGCAAUACGGCAGUGCUCUUUCUUUCCUUUCUUUUUUUUUAUUUCAUUUUAUUUUUUAUUCUACUUUUCUUUAUCUUUUGCGUUACACACACCGCCGUCUGUGAUUGGAAGAGUGGCAGGGAGGUAAGGGGGAAGGGAAAAGCUACGGUGUGUCGUCGGGAAAAGGUUUGUUUACUUUUUAUUCCAGAGAGGCUGGAACGUUUUGUGUUGACUGGGUGUGACUAACGCGAAGGUGGCGCUAUGUGUGCAUGCGACUAAAUGCCCGACCCCCCAAAACAGACCAGCUAAGUGAGUGAGUAACAAGUUGAGUUGAGCAGAGAGCCGUCUUCUUCUUGAGAGACAGUUCUCGACUUUUUUAUUGCACAUUGGCGGUUUGGACUUUUAAUAUCGAUGAAUUCGAAAUGUUAAUCAAAAUAAUUUUUUUUAAAUAUCUUCUAGGGAAAAAGUUUAGUUGAGUUGUCAGUUGAAGACAAAUUUUAAUUAAUUGAUCGUUUGACUUUUAUGCUCAAAGUGUCAGAUUUUAAUUAUCGUCUGUGUUUUGAAAUGUUGUUUUUACUUCUAUAGCGAAGAAAAUAAAUUUGAAACAGAGAAGUAUAAAGCUUAGAACUAUCGAAAAACAAAGGUAAACAAAUUGUGAAAAUUUCAAAUUUAAGUAGUUUAACUUUUUGAAAGCUGGAUUUAAUACAGCUUGAAAAAAUAGUGAAUUAUUCCAAUUGUACCUAAACCAUUGAAGGAGUUAUAAAAGUUGAGCACAACAAGUCCAAGAAAUGUUAUUGGAGAAUUCGUUUGAACAUUUUGUAAAGAACAAAAUAGCAAAACUAGACAGGUUCAUAUUGGAAAAAAAGUGCUCAUGUCAGAUUUUAUGAUAAUCGUUUUGACUAUUUACCAAAGAAUUUUAAUUAAAUCCGAAAGGAAAAUUAAAUAUUGAGUUUUUUCUACAUUCAAUUUUGCUUGUAUUGUUGACAAACUUACAAAUUUUGCUUCAUGAAAUUAUUUAUCUAUAAUAUUCGAAGCUGCUGAAGAACCAUCAUCAGAUACUGUCAUAGCGUCCAGGAAAAAUUGGCAUAAUUUUUACAUUGAUGAGUUUUGUUUUUUUGUGUGACAAUCAAACUACUUGUGUAGCUGAAGCCUGCACAAAUAAUCUUCAAGAAAAUAUUUUCCACUCAUUAAUGAUGAAGUACUGUGGCAGCUAAGACACCUGGUACUAGCGCAAAGUGCAACUUCGCUGCCUGCUAUAGGGCAGGCUCUAUGGUCGUCCCAGCGCCGGUGCGUCAUUCCAUGGAUGCCGCCGCAGGGGCGAGAUCCAGCGGCUUCCAGACUCUCCCUCGCCGUGCUUUCCCGCCGAUGGCCAUGUCGAGUCGGGCUAAGGACUUCUCCAUCGAUUCUCUCAUGUCCACUGGAGUCACAGAGGAGAGCUCUGAAGAGUCCGAACGGGACACGCCUUUGGGACGGGACAGUCUGUCUAUUUCACCUUUAGCGAAAAUGGUUGAGCGAACUUCCCGAAGUCCUGUGAGUCCCAUAUCCCUGCUCUCACCAGGCGGAGGACAACGUUGCCUCACAUCCCCUGAACUGACCCCCUCUGACACCGACACGGGACCACUGCCGGACGAUGACAUCGACAAACAUUCUACGAAAGCGUCAGAAGAGAACUUUGACUUGUCGAGCAAAGACAGCGCUGAUAGUGUCGAUCAUCUCAAACCCAAGGACAAAAAGGAGAAGAAGAAGGACAAAACCGAGAAAUCACCAGCAAUAACUGGCAAAUGCAACUGCGAAGAACUGAAAUCGGUUGAAGCCCACCUGGAAACGAAAGACCUGUGGGAAAAGUUCCAUGGUUUGGGUACGGAAAUGAUCAUCACUAAAACUGGAAGGAGAAUGUUUCCGACCGUGAGGGUGUCGUUUUCUUGUGCGGACCCGCACGUCAAAUACGCCGUGCUGAUGGACAUUGUUCCUGUGGACAACAAAAGGUACCGGUACGCGUACCACCGGUCCUCUUGGUUAGUCGCUGGCAAAGCGGAUCCACCGUCUCCUUCCAGGCUCUAUCUGCACCCGGAUUCUCCGUUUACAGGAGACCAGCUCAAGAAGCAGGUUGUCUCUUUCGAAAAAGUCAAGCUGACCAACAACGAGAUGGACAAACAAGGACACAUUGUUCUGAAUUCGAUGCACAAGUACCAGCCCCGAAUACAUUUAGUGAAAUUGAAGCCCAGCUGUCAAGGAACUCCAUCCAUCACGAAUAUCGAAUCCGAACAGUACCGGACCUACGUUUUCCCAGAAACUGUAUUCACUGCCGUCACCGCAUAUCAAAACCAAUUAAUUACGAAGCUGAAAAUCGAUAGCAACCCAUUUGCCAAAGGAUUCCGUGAUUCAUCAAGACUCACAGACUUAGAGAGGUAA